AUGGUCGGGAUUCUUAUCGGCCACCAUCAUGGCGGUCUCACGAUCGAAGUUUUGGACUCCGAGCUGGGUCUUGACGAUGCAGCAGCGAGUCAGACUACGGGGCAAGGACGUCGCUCUUAUUCGCCCGAUACUGCUUCCAAAGACGGUAUAGUCUUGUCUCUUCGCUGCGCCAUCUUCUACUACGUAGUGAGGCAAACUCCUGACAUCGGAGUGGGAAUACAUGGGAUGCAGAUAGGAUACCCAUCUAUGCGAGAACUAGAAGCUGUGCUAAAUGGUGGGAAUCAGCCCACCCAACCCCACAUUCCACUCUGCCCCACGGUUAUGAAGCGAGGUCUCGACUAUCAAGACGAUAAACGCAAUAAUAUCAGCCUGGACCCCUGGAAUCUUAUGUUCAUUGCUGACCAGCCCGAUAACUCAGUCUAUCAAAUCCUCUCUAUCCGGUCAAGUGCGCUGGGAGAGAUUGGCGCAGAGGAACUUGGAGCAAAGGCGGUCACAUGUGGCUCUAAGCUAUUCGAUGUAGAUCUUUAUAGCGUUGACAGUCGAUGGAACUUCUACGACCACCUGUUGGGUCUCAACGAACUCUUGUUCGAUUCACUGGAACCCACUCAUCCCUCCCACGUUAACAUUCGUCAGAUCAACGUAGGAGGCUGUUCCAGGCAUCCCCAAACUCCAUUGGACAUUGUGGGAAGCCGGUCUAGUGCCGUGUCAGUGUGGCCACCGUUAGUCUCGGUUUCCGAGACCAAGUCUGAUAGGUUGAUUUCUAUGGUGUAG